GUCUUCUAAACCAGAAAGUCUACGGAGCUAUCGCCAGGCUAUUUGCGGUGCUCCCCUUUUAGACGCAGUGUUAGAAACAGGCGGGGGGGGGGAAGGCAUCGUCGCUGAAGCUGAAACCAGGCGGCCGGAGUUCUCAGGGAUGAACCUCGAGUUGCUGGAGUCCUUUGGGCAGAAUUAUCCAGAGGAAGCUGAUGGAACUUUGGAUUGUAUCAGCAUGGCCCUGACUUGCACCUUUAACAGGUGGGGCACGCUGCUUGCAGUUGGCUGUAAUGAUGGCCGAAUUGUCAUCUGGGAUUUUUUGACAAGAGGCAUUGCUAAAAUAAUCAGUGCGCACAUCCAUCCAGUCUGUUCUUUAUGCUGGAGUCGAGAUGGUCAUAAGCUCGUGAGUGCUUCCACGGAUAACAUAGUGUCACAAUGGGAUGUUCUUUCAGGCGACUGUGACCAGAGGUUUCGAUUUCCUUCACCCAUCUUAAAAGUCCAGUAUCAUCCACGAGAUCAGAACAAGGUUCUCGUGUGUCCCAUGAAAUCUGCUCCUGUCAUGUUGACCCUUUCAGAUUCCAAACAUGUUGUUCUGCCGGUAGAUGAUGACUCCGACUUGAAUGUGGUUGCCUCUUUUGAUAGGCGAGGGGAAUAUAUCUAUACAGGAAAUGCAAAAGGCAAGAUUUUGGUCCUAAAAACAGAUUCUCAGGAUCUUGUUGCUUCCUUCAGAGUAACAACUGGAACAAGCAAUACCACAGCCAUUAAGUCCAUAGAGUUUGCCCGGAAGGGGAGUUGCUUUUUAAUUAACACGGCAGAUCGAAUAAUCAGAGUUUAUGAUGGCAGAGAAAUCUUAACCUGUGGAAGAGAUGGAGAGCCGGAACCUAUGCAGAAAUUGCAGGACUUGGUAAACAGGACCCCGUGGAAGAAAUGCUGUUUCUCUGGGGAUGGAGAGUACAUAGUGGCAGGUUCGGCCCGGCAGCAUGCCCUGUACAUCUGGGAGAAGAGCAUAGGCAACCUGGUGAAGAUUCUGCACGGGACGAGAGGAGAGCUCCUGUUGGAUGUAGCUUGGCAUCCUGUUCGACCCAUCAUAGCUUCCAUUUCUAGUGGAGUGGUAUCUAUCUGGGCGCAAAAUCAAGUAGAAAACUGGAGUGCCUUUGCACCAGACUUCAAAGAAUUGGAUGAAAAUGUAGAAUACGAGGAAAGGGAAUCAGAGUUUGACAUUGAAGAUGAAGAUAAGAGUGAGCCGGAGCAGACAGGGGCUGAUGCUGCUGAGGACGAGGAGGUGGAUGUCACCAGCGUGGAUCCUAUUGCUGCUUUCUGUAGCAGUGAUGAAGAGCUGGAAGAUUCAAAGGCUCUAUUGUAUUUACCCAUUGCCCCUGAGGUAGAAGACCCAGAAGAAAAUCCUUACGGCCCCCCGCCAGAUGCAGUCCAAACCUCCCUGAUGGACGAAGGCGCUAGUUCAGAGAAGAAGAGGCAGUCUUCAGCAGAUGGGUCCCAGCCACCUAAGAAGAAACCCAAAACAACCAACAUAGAACUUCAAGGAGUGCCAAACGAUGAAGUCCAUCCACUACUGGGUGUGAAGGGGGAUGGCAAAUCCAAGAAGAAGCAAGCAGGCCGGCCUAAAGGAUCAAAAGGUAAAGAGAAAGAUUCUCCAUUUAAACCGAAACUCUACAAAGGGGACAGAGGUUUACCUCUGGAAGGAUCAGCGAAGGGUAAAGUGCAGGCGGAACUCAGCCAGCCCUUGACAGCAGGGGGAGCGAUCUCUGAACUGUUAUGAAGAUCCUUGAAGUGCUUCGCUUUUUCCCACUUUUCCAUCAUGUGGCUUCUGGACACUGUUCAGUCCUUUGAAAUUGACUUUAAUUUAAAACAAAUGCCUCUGCUUCACCCAGGAGGUGGAAGGAGUGAAUUUUAUGUUUGAAUGAAGAAGUGAAUUAUGAAAGAAGAGUAUACGUACGUCCCUUCCCUUUCAAGCAUAAGUCCAAAUAGGCGCUCAGGAACGAGGAUUUGUGAAGACAUCAAAUGGGAGAUGGACUCAUCUAAACGUCCAUACUGAGUUGUGUUGCUGGAGAAAAGAUACCUGUUUUGCUCAUCCAGUUUUGUCGCACCCAGCACCGUUCUGACCUGUCACUUCCUUUCUCCUGUCUGCCUUCUGUCCUCAGUGCAUGUCCUUGAAUAAUUUGUUCUGAUCUGGAAGUCUGCUACCAAUAUCUUUGGAAAACUUCUGUUGCAUAUUUUUCCAUUUUGAAAUGUACCCUGUCACCAGAUACCUCCUAUAUUUCCAUACUGCAUACAAAGGAUGCGUAAAAAGAAAGUGCUUGAAACAUUUGAAAUUUUUAGGAAGGAAAGAAAGAUGAGAAAGUCCGUCCCCCCUUCCUAACACACCCCUUGUGCUCACCUGGGCUGUGAGAGGGGUUUUGUUUUCCUUUGGCUGCACACUUCCCGCCAGUGCUGGUUCGUUCUCGUCAAUCAUGGUUUUUUGAAGGUGGCUGGUUUCGUCCGUCGCCAGCGAACAAUCAUCAGUAGUUCGCGUUGCUUCACGCGUGCCGGCCUCCGCGGAUGAAACCAGCCAAGCCGUCUCUCGGCGAGCUUCUCUCGUGUGGGGGUGGGGGCUCUGCGCGAGGACUGACGCACAGCCGUUCCCAAUCAGAGCAGCAGCAACCACGGUUCAAAUCACAGAUGAAGGAACAAAUUCUUUUUGUCGUUGCUUGUGGAUAGCUGCCCUUCCACCGGUCAUCGAGUUUCCCCCUCUCGUGUCCACGCUCCUUUUCCUUACGACAUGUUUCAGUCACUUCCUUUCUGUGAAAGGUUGCUUAGCUUUUAAAAUUUUUUUUUACAUUUUGCUUUUGUUGUUCUUCUAUAUAAAAAAUAGAUUGGAUGGAUGUGUACAUUAAGUGUUUGAAAUUCUCUGAAAACCCAGCGUAAAGAAACCAGGUGUGGGGAGGGCUCACUAGUUGUCUGAGGAGAGCUUCAGCUGACCAGAACUUAGCCUGGCUCAGCGUUUUCAGAGGAGAGUUGCAACACUGCUUCUCGUGAAAUCUCUGCCAGCUGGUGGGUGCUCCUGUCGGUGGCCAAACAGUGGAUUGCCUUUUGGAUUUUAGGAUAGAAAUCAAAGUAGAACACAUCAGUGAGAGCCUCUUUCUCCUAUUCCAUCUUUUAGAACAAACUAUUCAGUAACUGAAGACCUCUUCUUGAGUCUGUUGCAACAUAUCUAUAUUUUUAGCUGCCACUACUUUUUUCUCAAAUGCUUGUUCUGUGAAUUGCUCCUCAUGUUCCGUCUCCCACCGUGGUCGAGGUCAGUAGGUGGCUCACCAACACUUCCGUCUGCAAACAUCAUUCCCAUUCCUUGUCUCUCUGCUGUGGCGCUGCUGUAGUGUACAGACUGUGUGAUACAAAGUUCCUGGCAGUGGCUCCUAAUAAUUAUUUAUGCCUUUAGACUAUUUUUCAGCUCAUUAAACCUCAGUCCAUUUCAGUUUGAUUUUCUCAAUGUGUACAAUACAAGCAUAUUCUCUUCUUCCCUUUUGUCAUCUCCCCUUUUGUUUUUUAAUGUUCUGUAGUUUUGUACAAGACAAGACUUAGCCUUGGGUAUUUCUUGCUGAAGCUUUAAUGCCUUGUCAAUAAAAUCGGAUGUUUAUUAAA